GCUUAUUUUUCCCUGGAAAAUCAAUGGGGAAAACACCUUGCGGUGAUAAAAAUGGCCUCAAGAAAGGUCCCUGGACUCCCGAGGAAGAUCAGAAGCUUAGCAGUUAUAUCCAGAUUCAUGGAGCCGGAAGCUGGCGAAACCUCCCAAAGAAUGCUGGGUUGCAAAGAUGCGGGAAGAGCUGCCGUCUGAGGUGGACGAACUACCUGAGACCGGAUAUCAAGAGGGGGAGGUUUUCGUUUGAAGAAGAAGAGAUUAUUAUUCAACUACACAGUGUUUUAGGAAACAAGUGGUCGGCGAUUGCCGGUCGGUUGCCGGGGAGGACCGACAACGAAAUCAAGAAUCACUGGAACACUCGUAUCCGGAAAAGGCUUGUGAGGAAUGGGAUCGAUCCCGUAACACACUUGCAACGCCUUGAUCUGCUCGACCUUUCUUCCAUUAUCAGUUCCGCCUUGUGCAACCAAUCUUUUCUCGCUCCGUCGAACUUAUUAGAUGCACAAACUCUUUUGAAUUCAGAGAUGCUGCUACAAAAUCUCCAGCAAAACCAGUUCUGCAAUUCUCCGUUUCAGUAUCAAGCUCCCAUUCAAAACGAAUCUAAUAUGAUGACAAACUGCAGCAUUUUCCAGGAAAAUUUGACAGCUUAUAGUAAUCCAACGGCUCCGUUUAUGUCUGAUCAAAAUCUAAACUUUCAAUCCAUGGGUGGCAGUCAAAAUUUUUCUUUUGAUUCUGUGAGGCUGACGCCAGAAACAAGUCCGAUUCCUUUGAAUUUAUCAUCUACAUUUAUCAACGGAUACAACGAGAUAGAAAGAUUCGAUGAUUUGCUGGAGUUUGAAAUUCCAGAGGAUUUGAGUAUUAAUGAUUUUGUGUAA